AUUAGAAGAUAACUGUCUUUGUUUUCUGGAAGGAAUGCAGAGGAUGAAAGGGCUGCUUUGUUUUUUAUGGUUUAAAUUUACAGAGCAGCAUUUUUCUGUUUUAACCAGUUUCAAAUCUCUGCUAUCUCUCUGGCUGUUUGACCAGCACUCAGUAUUUUAUUUGUAGAGAAAAAAUAAUUGGAGAGCUUGAAGUUUUUAAACUUAUCCCAGCAUGGUGAUACUAAAGCUUUUUGCCUCUUGCAUGUCACUGCUUUGCAGUCUGUUUAAAUGCAUUAAGUGUAAUCAGAUUUACUAAAGGAAAGUACUUUAUAUGCACCCAAUUUUAUCCAUUACUUUUUGAUGAUAAAAGCACCCGGGUUCAACCCUCUCCUCCAGAAAUCAGUGCUGCUCCACUGUGGCACAGCUGAUUGGAUGAAAGUUUUUUUUUCUGGUUCACACCCAGCCAAUGAAAAAAGUUUACGUGUCUGAAUGAGUGAAGACUAACUUGUACAAUAACUCAACUAAAGCUUAAAUGUUUUAAGUCUAAAUGUUUAAAACUGGGAAAUAAGACGAUAAAAAUAAAAAACAACACAGAAUAUGCCUCGCUCAGAGCCUGUAUAAUGUUUUACUGCCUGCUCUAUGGAGAUUACUACAUACACCUCUUGUCUUUCAGAAUGAAAAUCGCAGACAUCAAAACAUCUCAAGGCUGCUAUAGCUGCUUUUGGAGACAGACAGGAUGUGGAUGACCAACAUUGUAGCUCUUUGUCUGCUGGCCCUUGUGGCCUCUGCAGAGGACAAGAAGUUGAGCAGCCAUGCCACCACACUGGCUGACAACAGUGCCAAUCUGGCCUUCAGUCUCUACCACAACAUGGCAAAGGAGAAAGGCACAGAGAACAUCCUCAUCUCUCCUGUGGUCGUGGCCUCCUCUCUGGGGAUUGUGGCUCUUGGUGGCAAGGCCACCACUGCCUCCCAGGUCAAAACCGUCCUCAGUGUUGAUAAACUGAAGGAUGAGCAUCUGCAUGCAGGCCUGUCUGAGCUGCUCACUGAGGUGAGCGAUGCCAAGACACGCAACACUACCUGGAAGAUCAACAACCGCCUCUAUGGCCCCAGCUCUGUCUCCUUUGCAGAUGAUUUUGUGAAAAACAGCAAGAAGCACUACAACUAUGACCAUUCAAAAAUAAACUUCAGGGACAAGAGGAGUGCAGUGAACUCCAUCAACGAGUGGGCAGCCAAGUCUACAGGUGGCAAGCUGCCUGAGAUCACCAAGGAUGUGCAGAACCCAGAUGGAGCCAUGAUCGUCAAUGCUAUGUUCUUCAAGCCUCACUGGAAUGAGAAAUUCCAUGAUAAAAUGGUGGACACACGUGCUUUCCUGGUUACCCGCUCAUUCACCGUUGGAGUUCCGAUGAUGCAUCGUACUGGUCUGUAUGACUUCUACGAGGACACAGAGAACCGUAUCUAUGUGCUCAACAUGCCUCUGGGCCAGAAGCAGGCCUCUAUGAUCAUGAUCAUGCCCUACCACCUGGAGCCCCUAGAGCGCCUGGAGAAACUCCUGACCAGGAAGCAGGUGGACACCUGGAUCAGCAAGAUGGAGAACAGGGCUGUUGCCAUUUCCCUCCCCAAAAUCGCAGUGGAUGUCAGCCACAACCUGCAGAAACACCUGGCUGAGCUCGGCCUGACAGAGGCUGUGGACAAAGCCAAGGCAGACUUGUCCAACAUCUCCGGAAAGAAGGACCUCUACCUCUCUAACAUCUUCCACGCGUCAACCCUUGAGCUGGAUGUGGAAGGAAACCCAUACGACACCAGCAUCUUCGGCUCUGAGAAACUGAGGAAUCCCAAACUUUUUUACGUGGAUCACCCCUUCAUUUUCCUGGUGAAGGACAACAAGACCAACUCCAUUAUGUACAUCGGCAGGGUAGUCAAACCUAAAGGAGACAAGAUGCGCGAUGAGCUAUAAUGCUAAUUUUGUGAAUUGUGGUAGGUAGCUAUGUUAUUUGUGAAAUAAUGGCAGGAAUUUGUGUGUGUUUCUGGUAUGCCUGUUACCUCAUGAGCACAUUCCAAUAGUCAAUCUGUGGUCUGAGUAUCUGAGCUUACUCUUUUUAGACACAUCAAACCUUUGCAGGGAACAAUUCUGUGUACGGUCUCACCCUCCAGCUCCCUUGGCUUGAAUAAUGUCCUCAGUCACAAAUAUGUGCCUCAUUUGAGAUUUACAUUAACAAACAGCAGUUGCCACAGCAGACAACAUGCUUAUAUUAAGUAUGAACUCUUUUUCUUUACAUCCUCUUCGCCAGUAUUUGUUCAGCUACGAUCCAUGUGUGUUUUCUUGCAUUAUCUUUAAUGUUUAAAGAGAAAAAGAUCUGUGCGCAAGCUUGUUUGACAGUUCUGUCUCACUGCUUUCCUUCAUGCUCUCAGUUUUUUUUAUUUUUGCCUCCGGUCUGCACUGAACUGUUUCUCUGCAUAAGUUGAACGUGCAGAGAUAAGGUGGCAAAAUGUCUGGUGUUUGCUUUAUGUUCACUUGCCAACCAUACUGUGUCAUUUUGUUGCUGUAGGUAUUUUCACAGAGAAGCUCCUGGAAUUGUGUGAUUACAUAAUAAUUUGUUCACUUUUCAAUAAAAAAAAAAGAAAAUGA